AUGCUGGGCAAACGUUGCGCAUCGGAAAUGGAGGCAUGCCUCACCGAAUACUAUCGCCAGGAAUGCCUGCGUGCUCUGUACGCCAAGCAAGAACGGCCACGCGAUUGCACCUGGGUGAACAAGAAUAUGAUGGCCAAGCCUCCUCGGAGAGCACGCAAGGGCGUAUCGUUCGCUAUGGCUCCUGAGAUCAUUGGCAGUGCUGACCCUACCGUGGAUCGCAGCCCGAUCGAUGUUUCUCCAGUCUCCAAGCUCGAGUUAAUCGUCCUGCUUUCGCAGCGUACGUUCCCCGUCCAGGCUUAG